UAGCUACUAGCUUAGCUAGCCUUGCUACAUAUAUCUAUGACAGAUGACAGUAGUUUGGGUUGAAGGAAAUUCCUGUUAAAUGUCUGUUCUUUUUAAACACGAUGUUUAGGUAGCUAGCUAGCUAAUUAAUGGAAAAGGUCCUUAUACUAUCAGCAAACUGUUUUCAACGAUCGUAAAAGAGAUGAAAAGGGUGAAAAAACGACACCAACCGAGUGGGACCCGAACAGCUUUCAACGGUACCAAUCGGAGAGGGGAAGAGCACAUCUCCUGGAAGAAACAGAAGCAACUAGAUAUUCACCAGGCUCUGAACAGUGACCCAGUGGACAUUGAGACCCUGCGGAAAGCAGCAGUUAGCGAGGGAGGCUUGUUGACUGACGAUGUGCGGAGGAAAGUUUGGCCCAAGCUCCUCAGUGUCAAUGUCUUUGACCUGCCCGCCAGACCUGCUAAAAAUAUUAGGGAGAAUCAUAAGGACUUCAACCAGGUGCUUCUUGAUGUUAGACGGUCUAUGCGGCGUUUCCCAAGAGGAAUGCGAGUUGAUGAGAGGGCAGUACUGCAGGAGCAGUUGAUUGACAUCAUUCUGGAUGUGCUGAGGAGGAACCCACAACUGCACUACUACCAGGGCUACCACGAUAUAGUGGUGACCUUCUUGUUGGUGGUGGGAGAGCGGGUGGCCAUAGCCAUGGUUGAGAAGCUGUCCAAUCAUCAUCUCAGGGACUUUAUGGACCCCACCAUGGACAGCACCAAGCACAUCCUCAACUACCUGAUGCCACUUCUGGAGCAGGUGGACAGUGAGCUGCAUGACUUCAUGCUGAGCAGGGCUGAAGUUGGCACCAUCUUCGCCCUCAGUUGGCUGAUCACGUGGUACGGCCAUGUCCUGUCAGACUUCCGGCAUGUUCUUCGGCUCUACGAUUUCUUCCUGGCCUCCCAUCCGCUAAUGGCUGUUUACUUUGCUGCUGUGAUCGUGUUGCACCGUGAGCGGGAGGUGAAGAGCAGUGAGUGUGACAUGGCCAGUGUGCACCACCUGCUGUCCCAGAUCCCGCAGGACCUGCCGUACGAACAGCUGAUCGCCCGCGCCCAGAGCCUCUUCACCUGCCACCCGCCUGCUGAACUCGCCCACUCCGCCGCCCUGCAAUCCCGCAAGAGCAUCACCAUCAGUACCUUUCAGGCCUUCCAGAUGUCCACGCAGCAGCAGCGGCCAGACUCCGUCCUGCGGCGAGAGGUCGUCAACCGCCAUGACGCCCGCCUCUCCCGCGGCGCCCCGCCCUCCCGUGCUGCCCACCAGCUCGUCAAGGCGGCGGUGUGGGGCCUCUCGGCCACGCUGGGGGUGGCCGCGCUGGCCGUGGCGCAGACCGCCAUGGACUGGGCGCCAGACUUUCUCCUGCAGCUCUUCUGACCCACACAGCCCACGUGCCCGCCGAACCUGGAGAGACGCCGGCCGGCUGCGUCGCACGUGACGUUCCAGACACACCCCGAAGAACGGAUGAGAGGGAGAGAAGGGCAGAGGGGACAUGGUUUAUUUAUCCCUUUUCCCCUCGUAUUUAUAGAUUUUUACCCAGGCUAAUAUUGGGAGUAUGAAAGGUGGUAGAUGGGUUUUUGUAAUGAUAAGCAUUUCUGAAUGCAGUUCCAUCAGCAGAAUGUCGGGGGUGAAAAGUGCGCUGGUAGCGGAUCCAGAACAGCAGCAGACGCACAAAUUAUUAAAGGGAUUUUUUUCCCUCUCCUUCCCCCCUGCUGAAGGCCUUCGCCGAGGAGUGAAGGAAACGGCUCAUUCAGACGAGGGGAGACGAGUGCAAGCAGGUGGCUUUCUUUGGUCUGCGGAGAAUAGAGGACUUGGCCUCCAGUGAAGGCACUUUAAAGUGGUAGACUUUACACCCGGGCAAGAACACACAUUAACCAAAAAACCUCGCUUACGCACGCACACAAGCACACGCACACAAGCAUACACACACAAGCACACACGCGCACUCAUACAUCUAUACACACACAUCCGCCCUGGAUUUACCACAUUAAAGAGUGGGUUGUCCAUCAUUCUCAAAGGAGUAACCACUAGUCUGGGAGGUGGUUUUCAGUGAAACUGAAAAUUACUUUGCAUCAGGAAGCGUUCCAUAACUUCCUCGCUGACAUCACCAUCCUUUCCUCCACGCUGAGUUCAUGGCAGAGAUAGGGGACAAACUGAGCUUCAGCAAACACCCCCUACCACCCCCCACCCCCAUCCCUGAGGCCUUUAGCAGCUUGCCUGCCUACACGGCCAGGCACCAGACAACACCCUCCAGCCUGACAGCGAUUUUUAACGAGACAUUUUCAACGCAUACCUAACGACCUGGAGAACAGAAAUUUGCCCAAAAAGAACAAGGGGGUUCACCUUUGUCUUCCUGCAUGUUGCACCUCCGACAGGGUCGAGUGGACACGGAUGAGGCGCCAGAACCUGAGUCAUGGGGCAGGCGUCAUUGGACACUCGGGUCCGCUGUUGCCUUAAGGUGAGGAGAGCACUAGUGGGGGUUUAUCGUAUGUGCACCACUGCCAACAAAAAACCCCAAAACAGCAAGGCAGAGAAAGUUAUGCCUCGGAAAAUGUGUGCAUGUUGCUUUUCCUUUCUUCGCUUGCUCAAUUAUGUGGCAAGCCAGGAAUGCUCAGGCCAUCUUGAUUUAAUGUGAAUUUAAUUCAGCCCGUUGGCUGUUGACAGGGCUUAGGGCCAAACACAGAUACUGGUUUACGAGCGCGGAUCUAUUUAAACGAACGUAGAAGAAGUGAGUGAAACUGGACCAGGCUGGACCAGGCUGGACCAGGCUGAAACGCGGUCAGGCGCUGCUGUGGAUGUCCACGGAACUCGAAAUAUGCGCAUACGCAAACUAAUUGUACAACACAAAUGCAGUCAAUUUUAUGUUCAAUUCAGGUGUAGGGGGAACACUUGCACAUGGUUAAGUUGUUUACAGUUCAGUUGAGAAUAAUUUAAAAAAAAAUCUCUCUCCCUAAUUAGUAUAUUUUCCCCCCCGUUUGAAUAAAUAUGUGCGGUGUGCACUGUGGCUAUAAAGGGGCUGCCUUCUGGCUGUCUUCGGCACGGCUGGCAGAUGAGCUCCAGCAGUCGGUGUGGGUGGGUUUGUGAGCGGCUGGGUGAGUGACAGCAGUGAGCCAGGGCUCUCUGGCCUCCUGGCUCCUGGGAGGCAGUGCUGUCCAGUUGGAAUAUUUAGUGGUGAAUAUAGGCUUUUGGAUCAGGACCAGAGCCUCUGCCUGCACGCCUGACACUGAGAGGGAAGGCAAUUGUGUGAAGUUUUUGAAACCUGUUUAAGAACUCAAACUUAAGAACUUGGAGUGUGGGUUUUUGUCCACUCUUUUUGUUUUUUGUUUCCCCACUCCGAUUUUGUUAAUGGAGUUUUCAUGAUCGAAUAGCAGAUGUGAUGCCAAACAACCCCCCCCAACCCCAAGAACCUCAUUCAAAUAAACAUUUUAGUUGGGUUUCAGAUGCAUUACAAUAGUAAUAUAUUUUUGUUUCUUGAUGUUUACUUGAAAAUCUUGCACAAACAAUAUCAAAUUGAACUUAUUGUACUUACUGCAAUUUUUUAUUAAAUGAUUACAAUAUUUUUGGAGGAAUUUGGAUGACUGGGAAUGUCCCAUGUAAAUAAAAGCUUACAUAU